CCAAAGUGACAGUCGUUGAAAGGAAAUAUACAAGAAAAUCAGAUUUGAAUCAGAUCCAUCAGAUCGGAUAUGUCGAUGAUCUUAAGAUCGACAAAGACUUUUCCACCUUUUGCACGUAAUGUUAUAUUCAAAAGCAAUCACGAAACUAUUCGGGUGUUGAGUACAACAUUCACGCAACAUCGUACGUCGUCAAUUCAACCAAUAAAGAAAUUGGAACAAGAGAUUCGCAGAACCGGCAGGAUUACUCGUCGUGGUAUUGAGGAAGGGCUUCAAGAAAUUCAUCAUAAUGGAACUGUUUCUAGUGCACAGUCUUUACUCCUUAUUCGAUGCUGCGGUUACUUAGUUCCCGAUGAACUACCAAAAAAUCGGAUGGCUUUUGUUCAAAAUGUGUGGCGCACUUUGAAUAACUUAAAUGCGCCCAUGGACAUUUCACACUACAAUGCAUUACUGCAGGUGUACCUGAAAAAUGAGCAUUCUUUUCACCCGACCACAUUUAUGGCCGAUAUGGAAUCGAAGGGUGUUGAACCGAAUCGAGUAACAUAUCAACACCUCGUCUCGAAAUAUUGCCAAGAAGGAGACAUAGACGGUGCAACUAAAGUUGUGGAAUUUAUGCGGGAAGAACAGCUUCCGAUCAACGAACAUGUCUUCAACGCACUGAUAAUGGGGCACUCUGAGGCUAAUGACAUUAAAUCAGCCAUCGGCAUUCUGUCAGCUAUGGAGCAAGCUGGACUGGCACCCACGUCUGAUACAUACACUCAUCUAAUGUGCGGCUAUGCCAAACAUGGAAUGACGGAUGAGAUGUUGUCCACAUUGAAUAAUUGUGAAGCGAAUGAAAUCUAUCUGCUCGACAAGGAUUUGUUCAAAAUUAUUUAUCAACUGGCUACAAACGGACACAGCGAUUUCGUGGACAAUAUAAUAACGCGGCUUCGAAAAUUGCCUGGCUACAGCCAAAAUGUCGACAAUUUGAUUGGACGUCUCGUGAUGGCGAAAUCGGAAGAUGUUGCCUUUAAAAUCUUAAAGACAAUUCCACCGGCAACUAGACCCGACGGUGAACCGUUUGAGACUGGGGCAUUCUUCAUUCGAACGUUGAUUGAAUCGGGACGUCCAACAGGGAAAAUUCUAUCAAUUUGUAAGGAACUCCAGCAGACAGGCUUGAAUAGUAGGGCAAUGCUUAUUGCUGCUGAAAUGGCCGCCCAAUCUGGAAAUGUCGAUACAGCGAUACCAUUCUUCAGGGAAGCUAAACGAAAUGGAUUGCCUCUACGACAAGAGUGGUUUUGGCCUUUACUAUGUGCCCAAGGCAAAAUCGGAACGGAUGCGGUGAUCAAUGUGUUGCGUGUAAUGCACUCCGAAUUUGGUAUGACAGCCAAUGGUCAAACUGUUCGGGAUUACGUUAUACCCAAUCUGAAGGAACGGAAUUAUGAAAAAAUCGUUUUGAUGUUAGAAGCUUCUGGUGUACCGAAGCCGAUCGCUGUUACAAGUUCUGUCUGUCACGCGCUCACUCUUCAUCAAAUAAAGGUUGCUGCUGCUUUGGCAUCAACAUAUGCGAUUUAUUACGAGCCGAAUCAACUGAGACGACUCCUGGUUGAUGCUCUGUUAAAAACGAAUGAUUUUCAGAGUUGGGUUUCCAUUGUGCGUAGUGUGUAUGAAAACCUGCCACGAUUGCAUAAGUUGCAAAACGCUAACAAGCAAAGAGACGACUGUGAAAAUCCAACAGUGCAAUCAGACGUUGUUGGGAAGUUUGUCGUGGACGCCGUCAUCAAUUUGCAAGGUCAGGGAUUGGAAAUUUUACAAAAUAUUCUGGCGGCUCUAGUCAAAGAAGGAUUAUCAAUGUCGAAUGCUGACGCUGAACGCAUUAGGGGACGCAUGGGAUCAACACCAAAAAUAUCAUUUUUGCUUGAAAAGCUGACGUCCGGUAAAUUGGAACCGGUGCCUUAUAAAUCGCGUGCGAAGCAAUUCACAUUCUCCGACAUCAUGCCAACCAGCGAUUUACAUGAUCUAAUUCGACAGAAAGAAGCGAAAGGUGAAUACACAAAAGGAUACCAGUGGGCUCUGUUGCAGUCACAUCUUAAGGCAAACGACGUUCAGAAGACCGAAGAAUUAAUCGAAAAGUUGGUGAAGAGUACCGGCUUUGUUCUGACGACUCCUACUUACUCGCAACUAAUCGAUUUGUAUUGCACAAACAAUGACCUGGAUAAGGCAUUGGCUGUUUACGCUGAAAUCAAGUCGAAAGAACCCGAUUUUGUACUUGACAUCCUCAAAACAAUAAAAAUUGUCCACGGAUUGGUGACGACCAAUCGAAUCAACGAGGCCAUUGAGUUUCUAAAGGCCGGCAGAGUCCAGGACCAAAAGUUAAAGGACAACUUGAACGUCCUCUAUAACUCUCUGUGCUGGCGUCUUUUGAAUCACCUAGCUGAAAAGGGCAAAGAUGCUGAUUUGACCGACGUAUUCAAUGCCUUGGAAGAAAACAAUUUCAUUAAAGUGAACAACGUGCUACUGGGUCUCCUCAUCAAAGUACAUCUAGUCAACAAUGACAUAGCGAAGGCCAUGGCAUCAUUUGAGAUCAUCUCCACCAAAUACAAACGCACCCCAUGGAAGAACGAGUUGUCCUGCACACUAAUUCAGCUAAAAGAUGCCACCACCUUACAGUUCUUGGUGGAUCUUAGCACAAAGGUUCACGGUGAGGUGGACAGUCUAUACGAUUUGGUAUUUUCGUUCAUCGAAUGUGGUUGCAUUCAACAGGCUCGAAGAAUUCUUCAAACGCCAGCACUGCACAAUAAAUCUCAAGCCUUGAUCGACGCCUGUGAACGAUAUCGUCGAGAGAGAAGAACGCCUUCUCUGGCCCUCGAAACCCUAGCUCGAGCAACUAGUGACCUGAAGCACAUUGAUCGUCACGAAGUCUAUUACAAUCUUCUGUUGGCCUACUGCAAGGAGGAAUCUCCGAUAAAAGCAAUGAACUUGUGGAUGAGAGUCGAUAAAGAGUUGGUGGUUGCUGAUAAGUUUUUGACAACACUGGCAAAACUUUUGAAUGAGAAUGGGGUAAAAAUACCAUUUGCUGUGCCGCUGAAUGAAGUAACGAAGGCCCCACUUAAAGCCGGUAUUUUGGACGAUGCAGUAAACAGCAACGAUCACUUAGAUUCCAACACCGACACAAAUGUGACGACGGAAACGAAGAUGCUCGGAAUGAUGGUAAAGGAAAAUCAACUUGAUAUCGCAACCCAACACGUUUUGAAAAUGCUUGACGCUAACACUUGUCCCUCUUCGCAAACAUUUCGGUUGUAUUUGAACAGCAUGGCCAGAGCCGGACAAUAUCAGGCUAUUGAACAAUUGUCACCGCACUUGAAUUCCGAAUUUAAGAAGAAGGUUAUGUUCGACAACCGUCUGGGAAGAGCCUAUGCUUCGGCUGGAAAAGCGGAACAGUACUUUGAUCAGACGAUAAAGAACUGCAUUAAUGCAACGACCGAAGAAGAAUUGAAACAGGCCUUUCCUUCUGGUGCAAUCAGUGGAGUGUUGGACAAGCAUCCUGAGCUGGUCUUGAAAUUUCAAAAGUUCGCCGAAGACAUGGCAGACAGAGAGUUUCUUGUACCAAUAAAAAUCAUGUGGUCGCAUCACAUCGAAAACGGAAAAUUAGAUGAAGCUGAUCGCAUCUGCAGCAAAUAUUUUAGCGAAUCGCCGCCAAUAGUCAUGUUCAAUAGUAUACUAAGAACAGCCCUCUACCGCAACGACGAGAAAAUCGCACUGAAUUUGCUAAAUUUGCUAGCAGACAGAAAUGUUGCGCAAAUGGAUCUGGCGGCCAUACACUGUUGUUUAAUCGAUGUCUAUUGUUCGCAACAAAGGUUCGACGAAGCACUGAAAGCUGUUGAUGGUGCAAUCAGAGCGGUGUCCUUAGAAAAUAUCAAAAGAGCCACACUUGUUUUUGUCAAGGAUGGUUUGGAAUCGGAAGGAAAAGUGUUUCCACACAAAAUUCCGGAUAAGAAAAAGUUGAAUGCAGCUGGUGACGUUAAGAGGAGCAAUAGUAGUGAUGAUGAGCUUAGAGGUAAAUGGGAUGAGUUCAGACAGAUUUUGGAAAAUAUUUUUGAAGAAAAUGUGAAAAUUUGAACAGUUUUUUGACUGAUAAAUAUAGAGAAUGAUUAGUUCUGAUA